AAGGACCUCGCGUCUCCCUCCCUCCAGAGAGAGAGAGAGAGAGAUUUUUUUGAUUAACCCCAAUGCUGAAGGCUGAAGGCUGAUGGCUGAUGGCUGAUGGCUGAUGGCUGAAGUAAAGGUCCUCUUCUUUCUCUAGUGUCAUAUCAUGAAAAUAGCUCUCUCUCUCUUAUAAGCCCCUUUAACCGCCCCCUACCCUUUCGCCCCACGACAUUUGUUUUCCUCAUGGCCAGCUCACUCGUUCAUUCAUUCAAACCCCAUCACCAUUACCAAACCCUUCUCUUCAACGUAACCCUUUUCUCCACCAGAUCUCUCAGACUGAUCCUUGGAGAUGCGUACCUACUGAAACCCUCUUCGUUUUUCUGAUUCUUUUUUCUUUUUAUGUUAUUUCCCCAAUAACCCAUUUGUAUUUCUUGGCGAGCCCUUCUCCUUCCCGUAUUCUGUUGGGUUUUCCUUUGAUUUCGCUUCCAUAUUCCUUCUGGGUUUUAUCGACUUUGCAUUGUUGAAGAAGUGUGGUGUGUGUUUUUUUCGCUCCCUUUUCGUGGUCUAAAGUUCGAGUGAAAAUGGCUAAUGGAAUAGAGAAGGAAGUGGGGUUGACUAUUUUUAGCGACGAGGAGCUGAGUGAGAUGAGUGGGAUUAAGAGAAGUGGAGACCAUAUAGAGGUAACUUGUGGAUGUACCAGCCACAGAUAUGGUGAUGCUGUUGGGAGGCUUAGGGUUUUUCUUAAUGGUGACCUUGAAAUCACCUGCGACUGCACCCCUGGUUGUCAGAAAGGCAAGUUGACACCUGCUGCGUUUGAAAAGCAUUCUGGAAGAGAGACAGCUAGAAAAUGGAAGAACAAUGUGUGGGUCAUAGUUAAUGGGGAAAAGAUUCCGCUGUAUAAGACUGUGUUACUCAAAUACUACAACCAGUCAUCAAAGACUGCUAACGGAUCAAGUAGAUCCCAUAAUGGGCGAGUCUUUCACCGUGACGAAUUUGUUCGCUGUAGAAGGUGCAGCAAGGAGCGCAGAUUUCGUCUGCGGAUGAAGGAAGAAUGUCGGACUUACCAUGAUGCCUUAGCAGAUAUGGAUUGGAAAUGUUCGGAUUGGCCUUAUGAUAAAAUAAGCUGUGAUGAUGAUGAAGAAAGAGCAAGUCGCAAGGUUUAUAGAGGCUGUACUCGUUCGCCUACUUGUAAGGGUUGCACCUCGUGUGUGUGCUUUGGGUGCGAGACAUGUCGUUUCUCAGAUUGCAGCUGCCAGACUUGCAUUGACUUCACAAGAAAUGCAAAAGCUUGAGGCUUCUCCCACUCGCAUCUUUUUUCCUAUCUGGAUAUUCCCAUGAAUUUAUUUGAAACUUGAAUACCCACUAUUGUCCAUUUGCAUUCAGCUGUUUUAUCUAUCGAUUCUGAAAUUUUCAACCCAACCAUCUGCUCCCUUUCUUUAACUUAUUGCAGUACACGGUUGAUCGUUAAUGUUUGAUUAGUAAUAUGCAGAUAUGGUGUCACCAAACUCUACCAUUGCAGGCGCCCAAAAUUUACUUUACUUAGAGAGGAUCGGCGAAAGCAUAUCACAUUUAGAACAAAGAGACGGCUGAGUUGUAAAUAGCAGGAAAUAUGGUUGCGUUAUUAAACUUCUAAUUUUAUUUAUCAUUUCUAAUA